AUGGCCCCUCGCGGUGGUCCAAGGCGCAGCGAAGUCGCUGAGCCGCAAGCUUUCCAUGCUCUGGGUGUUCGUGGUCGCAAAACUGGUGUCACACUAGUAGACACAGGCAAUCGCGACGAGCAUGGAAUGCAACCUCUUGACGACCUCCUCUCUUCGCCAGACAACAAAGAAACAGAAUCACCACCGAGACACUCCGACGACGAUGAAGUUAACGACCAUUACGAAAGCGGGGACAAUGAUGAUGAGGAAGGUAGCGAGGACAUGGAAAUUGACACAAAUCCUGGACCAGGUCCUCAGACUGUACUUAGGAGAAACAUCAUUCCUCUACCUCGAAGUCGCUCGCCUGUGAAGACUACACUGCUGUCUUCUCCUCGACGAAAUCCAAAUCUCGAACACCUCUCUUCGCCAACCCGAUCACCUGGUCCUAAAGAGCGCGAUAACACCGUGACAAGGAAAAUCGAUUUUGGAGAAAAACCCCCGGGUCGCGGAAAGGCUGUGGCUAAUGGAGUCAAUGGCACAACUCACGAGGAGGAUGACGAGGAGGAUGACGAGGAGACGGAAGAUGCGCCUGAAGGUGACGACGAGGUGGAGGACAACAUGGACCUGCUCAAUGAGUCGCUUCAACUGGUAGAUGGUAUGGGCGGCAAUUCAUCAGAACCUGGAUCCGAACCGGAAUCUGAAGCAGAGUCCGAGCCGGCGCCUGCGCCUCCACCAAAGGCCACCAAAACAUCAGCCAAAUCCAACCAAGAGCGAACAGACGCAGUUUCUAAAAAGCCAGGGCGACGCGGAAGACCGCCAAAGGCGAAGCCUGUCGAAGAAGAGCCGGUUGAGGAGGAGCCAGUUGAGGAAGAGCCGGAAGAGCAAGAGGAGAUCAUUAAACCCGCUAAAGGUCGACCCGGAAGAAAACCCAAGAACGCUGUUCAGCCAAAGGAGCCUAAGGCGCCCGCAUCACGGAAACGACCAGCGCCGGAGGAGGAGGAAGAAGAGGUUGAAGAGCAGGAAGAUGAAGCUUCAGAGCCGGAACAAGAGCAAGAGCCCCUUAGGCAAACCAAGAAGCCACGUACCGAAGCACCCAAACCAUCGAAACCGACGAAACCUGUACCAUCAAAGACCGCUCCAACAAAACCAGAGGCAAAGCCAAGAGGGCGGCCUGGUCGAAAGCCCAAGGCGCAAGCGGCAGCCGAUGCUGCGGACGAUGUCGGGGAGACAUCAUUCGCAGCGCUUCAACGUGGACCUCCUUUACCCAAAAAGCGUGGUCUUGUCUCUGUGCGACACGAUGCCGAGGAAGUACGAACGACAAGAUCUGGAAGACACUCAUUCAAGCCGCUCAGUUGGUGGGCAGGCGACAAGGUGGUUCAGGAAGAAGAGGAGUUCAAGGAUGUUUCUGGUCGCGAUCGCUUCGUGCUUUCAACCAUCAAAGAGGUCAUCCGUGCUCCUGUAGAGGAAGUGCGUUCAAAACCAGCCAAGUCCAGAGGUCGCCCAGGCAAGGCAAAGUCAAAGGCUGUUCGAGAGGUGGAAACCGUCGAGCCCGAAGAGUGGGAGAUUGAUCCUGGUGUUGUCAACGGCGAAGUCAUUCUAUGGGAUCCAGAGCAUGAGAGGAACCCCCCUGGUGACGAAGAGCCAGUGGAAGUGAUGGAUGAUCGAAUCGCCAUAUCAGGCUCCGCGAUUCAAACACGAGAUGUUCAGAAUGUAUCUUUCCGCAUGGCAAAGACGCUCACAACGCCAUUUCUGGGUGCUGGUGUCGUUGAUCUACCUGCUGGAUCUGAGAAGCGACCCAAGAACUCGCGUAAGAUGCACAUGGUCUUCUUUGUGCAUACUGGAAAGGUGCUCGUUACUGUGAACGAGGCCUCUUUCCGCCUCAGUGCUGGAGGCAUGUGGUUUGUUCCCAGAGGAAACUAUUACAGCAUAACAAAUGACUACGACACAGACUCACGAAUCUUCUUUACUCAAGGAUGUGAGAUAUCAGCACAGCCGGUAGAAGCAGAUCAGUCACAACUAUCCAUGAUGGCUUAA